AUGUCUGAACGCCCUCAAUCCAAAGUGGACACGUCCGAUAUCCAUAUUAUUUUGGAAAAGAGCCAUGAGGUCCUCCCAAAUGAGCGCUGCAUUCGCCAUGACUCGCUUUCCCAAUUGCAGGCACUGCCCAAUCAUUAUGGUGACUCUGCCAUGCGGGAGAGACAAAACGCCAGGACUGAUGAGUACGACAAGCAAUUGAUGUACUGGGUCGAGCAGUUGCAGACAAGCCGUCCGGCAGAGAUGCUCUGCGACAAGCCCCGACCGGCGGCUCUAUCUGGACAGGCUGGCACUCGAUCGCUUGAGAUCGGUGGCCCGCUAUAUGUCCAACUGCAACGCUUCUGUCAGAUGCACGGAGUGUCGCAGUUUGUAGUGCUGUUCGCUGCUUUCAGGGCGAUGCACUUCCGCCUCACCGGUCAAGAAGACGCGACAAUCGGCACUGUGAACGCAAAUCGGGCCGGAUGGGAGGUCAAGGACACGAUCGGAGUCCUUGCUAAUAUGAAAUGUCUUCGCAUCAUUGUUGGAGACGAGUCCUUUCAGGAGCUGGUUAAGCAGGUGGACACAGUGGCCGCUGCUUCCCAAGCCAAUGCAGAUGUCCCUUUUGAGAUCAUUGUCUCGAAGCUUAAGAAUGACCAAGACUUUUCUCGCCAUCCUCUAGUUCAGCUUGUAUUCGCCGAGCACUCCCAGCGCGAUUUAGGACCCCUGAAACUGGGGGGCAUAGAUUCGGAGUUUCUGGGCGAUGGGAAAGCCUUGAAAUUUGACCUGGAACUUCACUUCUACCAGCAGAUGGACGGCAUGUUAGGCACUGCCCUAUUCUCGACUGAUCUUUUCGCACCCGAGACGAUUGAGAACAUGCUCUCAGUCUUCUCCCGUAUCCUUGAGUCGUGUCUAGCCGACCCGAACGCAGUCAUUGCCUCCCUCCCGUUGAUGCGUGACACCGACUACUCGAAGCUGGACGAGAUGGGGCUUUUACAGGUCGAGAAGACAGCCUACCCGCGCGACUCGAGCGUUGUAGACAUCUUCCGCGAGCAGGCCAGGGUUUGUCCAUCCAGGGUCGCUGUAAGGGAUGCCUCGACUGAGAUGACCUAUGCACAGCUGGACAUGGUAUCCGAUGUGCUUUCGCGCUGGUUGUAUAAGCGUUCACUGGCUCCCGAGACACUGGUAGGCGUGUUCGCUGCUCGAAGCUGUCAGACUAUUGUCGCGUUGUUGGGCAUACUAAAAGCCAAUCUAGCUUAUCUGCCUUUUGAUGUUAAUGCGCCAGCAGCACGAGUGGAAGCCAUCCUUUCUUCUAUGCGAGGAAAAAGGAUUAUCUUAGUUGGAGCAGAUGAGCAACCUCCCGAUGUCAAGGCAAGCGACCUUGAGCUUAUUAGCAUUGCCGAAGCAUUAGAUGAGCAGGCUCGCGACGAUUCGACUCAGCAUACGCUUACCACGCCACGAGGGCCGUCCGCGACGAGCCUGGCCUAUGUUAUGUUCACAUCAGGCUCAACGGGACAGCCUAAGGGAGUUAUGGUGGAGCAUCGCGGAAUAAUUGGCAAGGUCGUUAACGGCUAUGGCCCUACCGAAAACACGACUUUCAGCACCUCUUUCCUCAUAUCGAAAGAUGAAGAAUACACGAACGGGGUACCCAUCGGUCGUGCGCUUAGCAACUCUGGCGCUCAUGUCAUGGAUUCGAAGCUACAACUUGUGCCCCUUGGGGUGAUUGGAGAGUUAGUUCUCACGGGCGAUGGUCUGGCACGGGGAUAUACCGACGCUCAGCGCAAUAUCAACAGGUUUCUCGCAGUCAAGAUUGGGGGCGAGACAGUCCGGGCCUACCGGACAGGCGAUUACGUCCGUCACCGCCCCAUCGAUGGCCUGCUAGAGUUCAUAGGCCGCAUAGAUGGCCAGGUCAAGAUAAGAGGAAACCGAGUCGAGUUGGGCGAGAUAGAGCAGGUCCUCAUGAGCCACGCAAUGGUGCGAGAUGCGGUGAUGGUCUUGCAGCGACACAAUGGCAACAACACUCGCCUCGCCGGGUUUGUCACCGUGCACGCGAAUGAUGAAAUGGUAGAUGAGGAAACCCAAGAACAGCUUCUCGACUUCCUUGAAGCCCGCCUGCCUGUCUACAUGGUUCCCAGCACACUUACUAUCCUGGAUACGAUGCCUAUCAACCAGAACGGCAAGGUCGACCGCAAAAUGCUUGAGCAGCGGAUUAACACGUAA